CCAUCAAAACCUCCGCGAAAGGGUGUGAGUUUGAAGGUUGGAAGAAGGUACAUAUCACAGGAGACACGACGAGUCGCCGCAGAAUGCCCAGGAGCCGGAGGAGCGCACACCAAAUGUUUUCCCCUUAAUUACCUCUCAGUGCAGCUUGGACUCAGCUGCCCCGGCGGCAACAGAGCUGUCCUCACCGGUUAAACAUUAAAAGAUGCCGCUGACGCGAAAAUCGGCUAAAAGUUUGAAUAUUGGUGCUGCGCAGUAAAAUGUGUGGCGGCAGCGCUGCCGUUUCCCCCCAAGGUCAGUGUCUGAGGUACCGCAGGCGGCGCGAGGACGAAUUUCUUGGGGAGUCGGAGGAAGAAGGGGCGCAGAGGAGGAGAAGUGGAUGCGGUUAUCUCUUCGCCCGCAUUCAGCAUCAGCUGUGACAUUUCUUACAAACGGCCACUAAAAGAGGAGCGGGAGAACUUGUUUAACGCGCCUGUCAGACACAAAUUGGUGGUCUCCUUUCAGCAUUGUUUACAGAGGUGGAAAAAAGUCCAGCAUCUUUGCCGUUUCCUGCUUCUUCCUCGGCCUGUGAGGGCGACGGUUACCUGGUUGCUGCACGCAACGAUCAGCCUCAACUAGCUAACGUUCACUGAGAAAAUGAACCAUCGGUUCGGUUCUAGGUGACCUGAACUGUUCACUUCAACCUAUUGGUGUUCUUUGAUCACUAUUUUAUCACCACACAGCUGAAGUCAGCUCAACUUCCUCGAACUUGAAGCGGAGUCUUUUAUUUUUUCCUACCUAGUUUAUUGUUUUUUUUUUUCCCAAACAUGUUACCGAGGAUAGCGCCGUUCAACCGGACAGGUUUCGCUCGGACUGUACCGGAGCUUGGACUGCUCCUGCUGGCGAUACUCGUCCUGCUGGAGGGCUCCGUGCUGCCGCUCGGAGCAGCCAGCUCCCCGGGGACCAACACCCACGGAGAGGUGAACAGGAGCGGAGCUGUGGAGGGACACUCCAACCACACCAAGAAGGCUUUCCCCGUCCUCAGCUUUAACUACGAAAGCGUUAAACUCCCCUUUGAGAUUUCUCUCUGGGUGCUUCUGGCCUUUUUGAUGAAAUUAGGUUUUCAUCUGGUUCCUCGUCUAUCAGGCAUCGUUCCAGAGAGCUGCUUACUGAUAGUCGUGGGCCUGCUGGUUGGUGGCCUCAUCAGGCUAGCUCGAGAAGAAGUCCCUCCAGUCCUAAACUCUAAACUCUUUUUCUAUUGCCUGCUGCCCCCCAUCAUCCUGGAUGCUGGCUACUUCCUGCCCAUCCGACCUUUUAUGGAAAACCUCGGCACAAUCCUCAUGUUUGCUGUUGUGGGGACUUUAUGGAAUGCGUUCUUCGUCGGAGGACUCCUCUUUGCUAUAUGUCUGAUCCCACAAACCCCGGUACUAAACAUCGGACUUCUGCCUUGCCUGCUGUUUGGUUCCAUCAUCUCAGCUGUGGAUCCUGUUGCUGUGCUCGCUGUUUUUGAGGAGAUUCAUAUAAAUGAACUGUUGCACAUCCUGGUGUUCGGGGAAUCGCUGCUGAACGAUGCUGUGACUGUGGUACUCUACCAUCUUUUUGAGGAGUUUGCGUUGGUUGGCUCAGUGACCGUAUUGGACGGCUUUCUGGGAAUCAUCUCAUUUCUUAUUGUAGCAUUGGGUGGUGUCCUGUUUGGAGCAAUCUUCGGGUUCCUGGCUGCUUUCACGUCUCGCUUCACCUCCCACAUACGGGUCAUCGAGCCUCUUUUUGUGUUCGUCUACAGCUACAUGGCCUACCUUGCAGCCGAGAUGUUCCACCUUUCAGGCAUCAUGGCGCUCAUAGCGUGUGGAGCGGUGAUGCGACCCUACGUAGAGGCUAAUAUUUCUCACAAGUCCCACACCACCAUCAAGUACUUCCUGAAAAUGUGGAGCAGCGUCAGCGAGACGCUGAUCUUCAUCUUUCUUGGUGUGGCCACAGUGGAAGGACCCCAUGAAUGGAAUUGGGUGUUUGUGACAGCAACUGUCAUCCUGUGUCUGGUCUCUCGAGUCAUAGGUGUGGUGGGUCUUACGUUUGUAAUCAACAAGUUCCGCAUCGUCAAACUGACCACCAAGGAUCAGUUCAUUAUAGCCUAUGGUGGGCUGCGAGGUGCCAUCGCCUUUUCCCUGGGCUUUCUGUUGGACGAAGAUCAUUUUAAGAUGAGAAACAUCUUCCUGACUGCCAUCAUCACAGUGGUUUUCUUCACCGUCUUUGUUCAGGGUAUGACCAUUAAGCCCCUGGUGGAGCUGUUAGCAGUGAAGAAGAAACAAGAGGCUAAGCGCUCCAUCAACGAGGAGAUCCACACUCAGUUCCUUGACCACCUGCUGACUGGGAUUGAGGAUAUCUGUGGGCACUAUGGACAUCAUCACUGGAAGGACAAGUUGAACCGCUUUAACAAGAAAUACGUGAAGGGGUUCCUGAUUGUAGGCGAGCGCUCCAAGGAGCCCCAGCUCAUCGCCUUCUACCACAAGAUGGAGAUGAAGCAGGCUAUUCAGAUGGUGGAGAGUGGAGGAGGAUCCAAGCUGGCUUCUGCCAUGCCGUCCACAGUUUCCAUGCAAAACAUUCAACCCAAGAACCAGGCUGCUCCGCUGAAGCCCAAAGAGAGAGCUCUACCACAGCUGUCCAAAGGCCGAGAGGAAGAAAUCAGGAAAAUCCUCAGGACCAACCUUCAGAGGACACGGCAGAGGUUGCACUCCUACAACAGACAUACUCUGGUGGGUGAUCCUGAGGAGGAGGGAAUUAAAGACCUGAUCCUAAAAAAGCAAAUGAGGAUUGAGCUGGACAGGAAGAUAAAAGAGAUGGCCAACCACCUGACUGUGCCUGCUCGUACUCAGGACUCCCCGACUAUGAGAAGAGCCAGACUAGCCUCGGGCAGAAAUACUGAUUUCAUACCUGCUCAGCAGCAAAAAGGAAACAAAAACUCAUCAGAUCCACAGUCUUUCACCGUAAAGCCAUCAGCAGACGGGGUGCCCGUCAUCCAGGUUGACCUGGCGUCUCCACAGUCUCCAGACUCUGUCAACCUGUUUGACGAGACCGGACAGCCUGCCCAGAACGACGACCAGGGCCUGAUGAUGAAGACAAAGUCGAGUGGAUCAGACAAACACAGUGAGAAAGAUGAUCUGAGAGACCAGCAGAAGCUGAUGAGGUGCCUAAGCGACCCGGGUCCUGCUGCGGAGGAAGACGAGGACGAACCGUUCCUGCCUUAAGAUGCAAAGCAGGUCCUAGUUGCUGCUCUGGUUGAAAUUACCGGUAUCUAAAAAAAAAAAAGCCAAAACUGCAGAAGCUGUAAGAAGCAGUAACAAAGAGGAAGAGCCUGAGGGGAAAAGAGCCAUUAUCUUUUUAUUAUCAUUGCUUUUUAUUUGGUUACAGCAGUAAAAAAAAAAAUGCUGCUGUACCUGAAAGCUGGGAGAAGGUGGAUGUCACGGCUGUCUAUCUGAGAUGUUCAGUAAAGAACUAUGCAUUACCAAAGCUUUGGACUGUUUUAGUAUUAGGUAUUAGAAAAUGUUAGUUUUUAAAUUCUGCACCAGUCUUUAGAGUUAAGUUGUGUGGGACAAACAAGAACAUUCAUAUCUUCACUUUGAUUUUUAAUCUUUGCACGUCAGUUUUUCGUAUCAAUCAGUUUAAGUUGCUGGAUUUAUAAACAUAGAUGUGGCUGUUUGAGACUUUUUUUCCCUUUAGACCUGUGGAAGAGGGGCAUUCUGUAGACUUCUAUAUCAUUUUAGACUGUUUGGAAUCAGUCUAAAGCAUUCUUGGGGAAUAUGGAUCUGAAGCUGUUGUGUUUUUGCUUUGCAGGCUAGUGAGUUAAAGAACAAUAGUAUUUAAAGACUGCAGCCUUUUUUCUACAACUAAGGUAACCCUCUUUAGGGGGGUUGGUGUGUUUUGUCUCUUUAAAAACAGUUUUCUGAGUGUUGGAGAAGCUUUUUGCACAUCAUGAGCCACCAUCAUUGCUCCCCCAUUUGGUUUAAAUCACUUUUAUUAGCAAAUGUUUACCUCAGUUUAGAGCACACUUCUCAGCUCUGAUUAAAAUCUUAAAGCAGUUUUCCCUUAUUAUGUAAUAGCCAAGGGCCCAUUAACAUUUAUUUUGUCAUUUCACACACCUGAAUAGUUUUUUUUUGCACAGCAGUCACCUAUUAAUAUUUUAUAACCUUCUGACUGUCGGCAUGUCUUGGCAAAAAAUUUAAAACUAUGCAGUAUAGGGGUUUAAAAUACCAUCAUUAAUAACUCUUUCUAUACCCUUUAAAAGUCAUUUCAAUCAUGCAAAGCAUUGCUCAAGCUGAAGUUAGAAAUCAAACUUGGGCAUUAAAGAAACAACAAACAAAUAAAAAGAACCUGAACUUUUGCACAGCUGAGCUACUAACUUGUUUAUAACUAAUUCUGUUUGAUAGAAGCAUCAUAACCAUCACUGGUUAACUGUACAGCAUCUGCUGAAUGAACCAGAAACAUCACAUUCCCACUUUAUUCUCCAUCAUUUGUAAAAGUUUUACAUCAAUUUUGUUCUUCAUAUGGCAAUUUUACUAAGUAUAUAUUUAAAGAAUGUUAUAUUCAGACACAUUUUUUCAUGUAUAUCCAGAUGAUUUGCUUGAUUAGUCAUUGCACUACUUUUUAACUUUUUGGUUCAUUCUAUAGAGAGUUGUAUAAGGAUGAACAGAAAGACAAAUCACUCAUAACUGAUGUCUAAUGUCUACUUAUGGAAAAUCAGCAAUGUAUAACCUGGAACUAAAUUGAAUACUGAAUGUUUUUUUUAACGCUCAAGAGUUUCACCUAAAUAAUAAGCUUGUGCUCAAACUUAAGUAACCUUUCCAAGGAUGAGAGCAAAAUGUGUCCCGUUUAGUUUCUACUUUGUCUAUCAGAGUAAAAUAAAAUCGGGGUUGAAAUUUAGCCCAGAGGAAAGCUCUACUUUGAAUCUAUGGAUCAUUUUAAUCCGUUGGGGUUUCCCUGCUGAUCUUAACAUUUUGUUUUUCACUUUAGACUUUUGCUUUCAUCCUUCUGAAGAAAAAUUUGACAAAUAAAAAUAACUAGAAUUCUGUAAAAUUGUGUAGCGCAAACAGACUUUAAAUACAAAACGAGAAAAAAAAGGUUUACAGUGAGUUAUUAACUCCUAAUCAGCUGUUAAUUUUACUCUACACAAAUUUAGGAAAUAUUCUUUUUAUUUUUUGAGUAAUUACAGCUGUAGAAUAAAAUCACAAGCUAAAGGUAAUUAAUCAGUCAGAGCGGCCUUUCUGCCAUUCUUUUGCGUCUGAAAUAAAUUGUGAUUUCACACCUUUGCACAGUGUUUGGUGUGACUUUGACUAAAACUACUGUAAAAAGAAUCAUUUAAUUUUACCACUAAAUUACAGGGAUUUUAAGUCUAUUAUGCGGAGCCACUUUGGACUCCUGGACAAGAAUGUUUUCCACUUAGUAACAGCAGAGUCUAGUUCUCUGUCCGAGGAGUCAGAAAAAUCUGCUAAACAUUGAUGUCUGCUGUAACACUUUGUGGUCAAUCAAAAUACAGAGAUUAUUUUAUUUAAUGUUUAUAUGUUUAGAUUAAAUCUGAAAAUCCUGAGACUUGUUUCUAAAUUGUAUUUCCUCUUAAACCUCAAUCUAUAGACGCUUUGCUGCACAGGGCAUUAUUGCAAUGAUGUUGUACUUUAUCCCUGACAUAUUUUAUGGUCAUGGACCCAUCCCUGUGCAAAUAUAACCCAUUACUGCAAAACUUAGAGUGACGGUUAUUAGAGAAAUGUAAAUGUAUAGAAAUUCCGACAAAGAUGCCUGAAAACCCCUGAAACGACAAAUGAGCUGCAGAACAUUUUUAGAUUUUCUAUGCAGAGAACUAAUAGAAUAAAUAACUUUUAAAAUUGGAAAAACCCUUCUACAAAAAGAGACUACAAUUCAUCUUAUUAGCACCUUUCUUAGAUUUAAAUCCUCUCCCAAGCUGUCAUCAUUAAACCUUUUCUUUUUUAGGCGUCUUGUCGGACACAUUGCACACCUAAACUCGCAUUACUGUAGCUUUUCAGUAUGCGCUGCUGUUUUGAUUAUAAGUUUAACAUGAAUGUUAUAUUAUUAUCGAUAAGAGACCCUAAACUCAACAUUCAGAUUUCAUUAACAAAAAAAAACACGUUCCAGAGGACUUCUAAUGAUUCCAAAGACUUUAGUUUUAAACAAGAGAGAAAGAAACACUAUUUUCCUACUUUCUUUUUCAUACCAAAUACAUUUGUUUGUCAAACACUCUCGCGUAUCUUGAAGAGAAAUGUUUGGCACAACAAAGAAAACCUUUAUUCUGAAGCCAUAAGGCCUAUAUUAGAGUCUAUUAUACUGUAUUCAUAUUUAAUGUAAGUUGUUGCCUCAGUUAAGCUGGAACCUUCUCUCAUAUGACCUCUUCCCGUUGUUAAUGUAAACACUGGAUUGUAUUCUACAGCAGUGAGUCGUUUCAAUCUGUUGCUUUCGUCAUUAAUGGCUGAAUGACCAAGUCAACACCGUCGCCUCACCAGCAUUUAUCGGAGCUUCUCUGUUCUUGUUUAUGCUUCUGCCUUUUACAUUACAUCCUGUGCUUUACAUGUUUAAGUGCUUUAUUAUGAAAUCUUUUGUUUUUAUCGCCUUCAUGUGAUGUCAUUUUUUG